GUCUUGGUUGUCUGGAUCCAACGGAGUAGAUUUGUGGCUAUGAUAACGCAUUUGGAGCAAAAAAAAAAUAAAAAUAAAGGGCCAAAAAGGAGUUGUCAUUGAGAGCUGAACUAUAAAUCCCAUUCUAAUCCAAUUGAAACUAGUUCGGUAGAUAGUUGAUUUGAGAUUGAACGUAUCACGUAGUCAAGGGAGACUAGGCAGCUCAAGGGACAGUUGAACAAUUGUUAUAGAAGGAAUUGGAUAAUAUAAUUGCUAAAAUAUACGAUUUCUUAUAGAUUAAGAGAUCAGCAAAAGAUAGUUCAAUGAUACAUCGACAUCAGUCAACAGGUAACCGAGAUAUCUCACAUAGACUGAGUCGGUCCCAGGGAUCGGUUGCUAGCUCUGUAUCAGGAUCUAAUACCAACUCUUCAAGUUCAAGAGCAGAUGUAGUGCCUGAAAGUAUUCCCAAGUCCCAAUCUAAUUGGAAGAUACUCGACUUAUUGAAGCUUCAAAAUUCCUCCAAACCUUCAAGGUCUUCAAGUAUCAAGGCAAAGGGAAGACCAUCUACUGCAGCUACACUUUCAAAAGGAAAUUACUCACCACCUCCACCUCCAUUGAAGUCCCCCAAGACUUCUCCAAGAGAAAAAUCUGUCAAUAGGUGUAUAUGCUGUGGGACGAUACUUACGUUUAUCCCCAAUUCUUAUAAAUUUAAAUGUGGAGUUUGCCAUACCACAAACGAAUUUGGUCCUUUGAAUAUUGGGCCCGAUAAUUUCAAUCCCGAUAUACAUCCUCAUUUAAUGUCCUAUAAGUAUGUACGAAAAUUGGUUGAUAAAUGUGUUUCUGUUAAAGAAUCUGAAGUUAGAAAUCUGAAUCCAAAAUCCCUUCAUGAGAUAUUUGAACCUCUUUCUAAUUAUUUACUUCAAUCUUUCAGUAAUCUUGUUGUUCUUAAUAAUUCUUUCAAGUUGAGAAGGGCAAGUAGAAGAGCUCAUUAUAGUACGUCCAAUAUCGAUUAUUAUGACAUCCGCCAUACUUUUAACAUGCUUACAAGAUUGCCGACAAAACGGCCUCUUUAUAAUGCAUUAUAUGGAUCCAAUGAAUCAUUGAAAAAAUUAAAUACAAGUUUGAUUGAUGAUCCUCGUAAUAUAGCCUGGGUGCUCAUAUUAUUAGAGAUUCCUUUCUUGUCAAGGGCAUUGACUCAUACAUCUAAUGAAAAAGAAAUUAGAUCCAUGGUUGAUGUUCCCGAAAUUAAAUCCCUUUGUUAUGAAAUUUUGAAAAGAUGUUUUGGAAUUCUAGCCCAAACUUCAAACACAACCACUAAUAAUUAUUUAGCGAGUUGGAUGUCGAAGUUGACUAAUGAAGAAUUCAUAUCAAAAGUGGAAUUAAUCAAUUUAUACAUAACGUUCCAUUUGAAAAAGUAUUUUUAUAUUGCUAACAAUCCUCUGUUAAUGAGAAGGAGAAGCUCCCAUACCAGAAAUGCAAGUAAUGGGGCCGGCAGUUCUUCCGAGUAUAUGGAAAGUAGUAAUUUGAAAGAAGAUUUGGAAGCUGAAUUGAGUAAUUUUAACACUCCAUUAAAUCAAAUAACCCAUAGUUUUAACGGGUUCGGUUCAUCAAUCAGUGGGGCUAAUUCGAAAGAGACAAAAAUUAAGAUUCAUUUAUAUGGGAAUGAUUGGCAUUUUAAAACUGCAGGCUUGGUAUUAUCAAUUUUUUUCAAAUCAAAUCUGAUAAGAUAUAAAGCAAAUAAAUUACCGAUUAAUAUUUUUUAUAAUAGUUUGGUUGAUUUUGUUAAUAUUAAAUUAGAUUUUGAUUCAUGGCAGACUAAUCAGAAUGCCAUUAAGAAUUCAAAUGCUAAUAAUAACCAACCUGAAUUACAGACUGUUAUUGAUUAUAUUAACGGUAAGCAGAAUCCAGUUAAUGAAGGAGCAUCAUAUUUUUUUUGUCAAUAUCCAUUUUUAAUUUCAUUGGGAGGGAAGAUAUCCGUAUUAGAAUAUGAAGCACGGAGACAAAUGGAACGUAAAGCAGAGGAAGCAUUCAUUAAUAGUUUGGAUAAAAGAGUUGCUAUGGAUGUCUAUUUUAAAGUUCAGGUUAGAAGAAAUUAUAUAGUUCAAGAUUCAUUAAGAGCAAUUCAAAUGAAUAACUCUAAUCUAAAGAAAAGCUUACGAGUGAAAUUUCUAGGAGAACCAGGUAUUGAUGCAGGAGGAUUGAAAAAAGAGUGGUUUUUAUUAUUAACUAAAGAAUUAUUUAGUUUUGAAGCAGGAAUGUUGAUUAAUGUUGAAGAUUCAAAUUACUAUUGGUUCAAUAUAUCUAAAAAUGAUAAUUAUGACUUGUAUUAUUUAUUUGGAUCAAUAUUAGGAUUAGCAAUUUAUAAUUCAACUAUUCUUGAAUUGAAAUUUUCAAUGAUUUUAUAUAAGUUAUUAUUAGGAUUACCAAUUGGAUUAUCUGAUUAUCAAGAAUUAUAUCCAAUUUCUUGUGAUAAUUUAUUUAAAUUAAGAGAUUAUGAUGAUGACACUUUAGGUUUACUCGAUUUAACAUUUGAAGUUAGUUUCAAUGAUUCCCGAGGGAAAGUGAUCACCAAAGAGUUAAUACCGGGGGGCUCUAAGGUUAAAGUAUCUAGUGAUAAUCGAGAAUACUAUAUUGAUAAGUAUUCAAGGUUUUUCAUGGUUGAUGGAUUCGGUAACAAAAUCGAUUCUUUUAUCAAUGGAUUCAAUAACGUUAUUGGAGGUAAUGCACUUUCAUUAUUUUCAGCAGAAGAAAUUCAAUUAUUAUUAUGUGGGAGUGAAGAGAGUAAACUAGAUAUUGAUAUCUUGAAGUCGAUUACUAAAUAUAAUGGUUGGUUAUCAAGAGAAGUUGCAAUUGAGUCAAGUAUUAUCAAAUGGUUUUGGGAUUUUUUAGAAAAACUUCCUUAUCAAAAACAGAAGAAGUUUUUAUUAUUUGUCACCGGUAGUGAUCGAUUACCAGCUACUGGAAUUCAAAAUUUGAAUUUUAAAAUCACUUUAUUGAAUAAUGGUAAGAAAAGUCACCGAUUACCAGUGGCACAUACUUGUUUCAACGAAUUGGCACUUUACAAUUAUGAAACACAGGAUGUAAUGGUUCAAAAAAUCAGUCAGGCUGUUGAAGGAAGCUCCGGUUUUGGAAUUAAGUAACUGAAUCAGUAUAAAGUUACAAAACCACGGUACACCAUCAACAACUCUACUAGUUGCUGGUUUUCGUGGAUAUAAAUGGUUAGUUGGUUAUAUGGUAUAUAUUUACAUUGUACAUGGUUAUUGGGUAUAUUGGGAAAGGUUGGAUCACAGACGGUUUAAGCUGGCACUCAUCAGCAGCCUAAUUGUAUAGCUGAAUACAAAGUCACAAUCCACCGCAAUCCUUUGUAGUCUACUGUCUUGAAGGAGGAACUGGUUGAAUGAACACCGUAGUUGAAUCAAAGCUAUAGCGAAAUGGCGAAUGGCUGUUAAAAGUUAUACCAGAUGUACGGGUCUGAACCAUCGGAUUUUUUCAGCAACGAAAAAAAAGUGGUGUACGUGCCUUUAUCUGUGUGCAGUACCAACCAGGGAAUUCAGCCAAUUAAAAAGUAUCAAAAUAAUAUUGAGCAGCGUUUUUUUCAUUUUGUUAGCGAAAUAGC